CCUGUGUUCGCUGGCUUUCUAUGACUUUCUGCUGAAGUCUGGGUUUUUCCAUUGUCUUUGUAACGCAUUGCUCCAGUGAUGUUACUAUGGAUCUUGCCUCCCUUGCUCUUGUCUAUUGUGCUUUUCUAUUUCUACCUGCGGUUGUAUUAUGGAUGGGGGAGCCUCUUUAGAGAAGAUUGUAUUCAGCCCCCAAGACCUCUAGUCACUGACAAGAGAACUAGGGACAAGGUUCUUAAACAAGGAUUUUCUCAGGACAAAAUCCCACCUAACCUGGAUGCUCUUGUUAUUGGAAGUGGUGUUGGGGGGCUCUCAGCAGCUUCUGCACUUGCGAAAGCUGGGAAAAGAGUCCUUGUUUUAGAGCAACAUGAUCAAGCAGGAGGUAGUUGUCACACAUUCCAAGAGCAUGGGUACGAAUUUGACGUGGGUCUCCACUAUGUUGGGCAGAUGCAUGAAGGAGGAAUGUUUAGGGUGAUCAUGGACCAGUUAACAGAUGGACAACUGCAAUGGAUCCGUCUGGGAAACCAUUAUGAGUCCAUUAUCAUAGGACAUAAGGUUUACAAAGUUUAUGCUGGAAAAUGUGAAUAUCCAGAUGCUUUAAAGAAGCAGUUUCCAGGAGAAGAAGAAGCCAUUGACAAAUUUGUAACUUUGAUGAAGAAGGUGGCACGUCACGUACCACUGGUGGCAAUGUUGAAGAUCAUGCCUCAGUAUUUAGCCCUUCUUCUUGUGAAGUCUGGCCUCCUUCAUCGACUGUCUUCAGUUUUCCACCUUGCAGAGUCCAAUCACCAGGAUGUGGUGGAAAGGCUAACUAGCAAUACAGAGCUCCAGACCAUGUUCAGCUACCUUUUCUAUGGCGUCCCUCCCAAUGACUCGAGCUUCAUGAUCAAUGCCCUUCUUCUCCAUCAUUACAAAAGAGGAGCCUGGUAUCCUCGAGGAGGGAGCAGUGAAAUUGCCUUCCAUAUGAUUCCUGUUAUAGAGCGUGCUGGAGGCAAGGUUCUUGUAAGGGCCCCUGUUACACGAAUCUUGUUAGACAAUGGAAUAGCCACAGGGGUUGCUGUACAACAUAAAGACAAGGAAAUAUGUAUUCAUGCUCCUGUGGUCAUAUCAGAUGCUGGCUUGUUUAAUACCUUUGAGCAACUUCUACCUCCUGCAGUUAGGAAUACACCAGAAGUGGAGUGCCUCUUGUCUAAUCUGCAGUAUGGGAUGGGAUGCUUCCUAGUCUUUGUAGGCAUACAGGGGAUGAGUGAUGAGCUGGGACUGAAGUCUACCAACCUCUGGAUCUACUCAGAGAGUGACCUCAACAGCAUGAUGGAGAAAUUCUCAAGUUUGGAUUUCGAGCAGGUAUGCAAACAAUUACCCCUGAUGUUCAUCACGUUUCCAUCUGCUAAGGAUCCCACUUACAGUCAGAGACAUCCAGGCCGAUCAUGUAUGACCCUGCUGACCAUGGCACCUUAUAGUUGGUUCCAACAAUGGAGUGGUCAAAAGCCACGCCACCGCGGAGAUGAGUACCACAGUAUGAAGAUGAAAUUGGCUGAGCAUAUGGUUGAAAGAGCAAUAAAAGAAUUUCAACAACUACAAGGCAAGAUUGAAUACAUAGAAGCUGCCACCCCAGUGAGUAAUGAAUUCUACCUACGAGCACCCAAGGGAUCCAUGUAUGGUGCUGAGCAGAACUGCAGUAGAUACCAGUGUGAGAUUAUUAGCAGAAUGAGGUCACAGACUGUAGUGCCGGGAUUAUACCUGACAGGGCAGGAUGUCUUCAGCAGCGGGGUGGCAGGUGCGGUACAUGGAGGUUUGCUGUGCGCCUCCGCUGUCCUCAAUAAAAUCCUGUACAUCGACCUAUUGAUGCUGAAAAAGAGGCUAAAACGUCGCAUAAGACAGAGGCUCUCAUAGAGUGAACGGACUGGCGGAAAUGGAGAGCGGUCCUCAUCUG